AUGAAGGCAGAGGAAGACAAGCAUAAAGAUGAUGAGGAUGAAGGAGAUCUGAUCAGCUCAGAUUUGGAUCUGGUGGAGCUCUUGCAUCCCCACAAUGACCUCAACACAACACUGGAGAUGGAACAUGAAGAAUUAGUUAAGGACAAAGAAGAGGGGAAGGAGGAUGGAGGGGAAACAAAUAGCGUUGGGGGAUUCAUCAAUUCUGAAGGAGAGGAGUUGGACAUUUACUCUGAGAACCAGCAGGAAAACCAGCCGGAGAACCGGACAGUGAAGAAGUUCCACCGCUGCCUUGAGUGUGGGAGGGAGUGUCCAUCCUUCUUCAGACUCCAGAUGCACAUGAAGACCCACACAGGAGAGAAACCUUACCCCUGCCCUGCAUGUGGGAAGCACUUCCGCCAGAAAGAGCACCUGAAAGAACACAAGAAGGUUCACACGGGGGAGAAACCCUACUCCUGUUCAGACUGUGGCGUGAGGUUCAGUCACCAGGGGGCGCUGAGGAGGCACGAGCGCUCACACACAGGAGAGAAACCCCACCCUUGCACUGCAUGUGGCAAGAAGUUCACUAGGAGAAGCAGUCUUCGAGAGCAUCAGAACACGCACACAGGAGAGAGGCCGCACUGCUGCAGCUUGUGUGGGAACACCUUCUUCAGGCUGUCGGCCCUGCAGAAGCACCAGGUGACUCACACGGGGGAGAAACGCCACAUCUGCGACGUGUGCGGCAAAGGCUUCUCCGAGGCUUCCACCCUGCAACGCCACGAGAGGGCUCACACCAGAGAGAAACCCUACCAGUGUGAGGACUGUGGGAGGAGCUUCUCCCAGCUGGGGAGCAUGAAGAGACACCAGCAGAUCCACUCCAGAGGCAGGCCUGCGUCUGGGCUUGGGCCUGCCAUGGUUGAUCAACUUGAUCCACUUUCUCCAGGAGGUCACGACACUAUCAGUUACCAUGGUGACCUGAGAGAACAGCCACAGUGUCCUGAAGAGCCUGAGCAUGAUGAAGAGGAGGAAGAACAUGACGAGGCUAAAGAAUGGAGUCAUUUGUUCAAAUCUGGAUCAUCGUCGGUUGUUUCCAGGUAUGUUCACACCUGCCCCUUAUGUAGACUCCAGUUCCCCCAGUCCUCCAAACUACACAGACACAUGCAGACUCACCCUACUCUCGCCCAAUCAGGAAGUGAGCCGCGAUGGGAGGGUAGCCAUCACCGAGGGGCAGACAGACAAAACCCUGACGCAGAGACUCAACAUGUGAGGACCGUUCAUCAGCAUGGAGACCAGGGGUCAGAAGAAGGCAUCAAGACCAUCAUUCAUAUCGGGUCUCCAGGGAACGAGGAUGAGAAGGAGGAAGAGGAGGGCAGAGAGGAAGGGGAAAAUCAAUUCGGCAGUUUAAUCAACUCUGACGGCGAGGAAGUGGAAUGGGACUCAGUUGAUCUCAGUCAGAGUGUGAGUUUUUCCACCGCGGUCCGGGAGAACCAGCCUCUCUCCCCCCCGAUGCAGCGUCUCAGAAGCAGCCUCCUGCAGCGGACCAGCGGCUCCCACUGCCCCGUGUGCGGGCUGGACUGCAGGAAGCCCUCCACCUUGCAGAUCCACCUCAGGAUCCACUCAGGGGAGAAGCCCUACCAGUGCACCCUGUGCGGCUAG